AUGUCCAAACAACUACCGACCAUCAAAGAGGUUAUUCGAGUAUUGUCCACUUACAACGGAAGAGACAAGGUCAUUCGGUACGCUUUUUAUCGUUUUUACACUUUUUAAACAAUGAUUUUUAAAGUUCAUUUUGGCUUUAUUAACAAGAAUUUCAAGGAAAAAAUUUCAGAUGCCUCUAUUUCUCAUUAAUAAUAAUGUCGACCAAAGUGGCUAGUCCAGAAAUCGCAAAACAGCUUUUUGCAUUGGCCAAAGAAUUGUCCAAAUCACGGCUGAUCUUCCGUCAACUCAACAUACCAUCAUUGUUCCACUCCGCCUCCAAAGUGCCAGAAGACAUGGAGCACACCAAAGACCCUAUUGACAGUACCUUAGCUGGUGCUGUUACCUACAUCUUCAGUGUCCAAAAUGUGAUCGAGUUGUUGGCCUACCUAUCUGACCAUAAGUUGGUCAAUGUAGAUACUGGCAAAUGGUUUAGAUGGGCCUUGUACUUGUGGGUAUUCGCCAUGUUCAACGGCCUCAUCAGGCUAGCAUGGAAGCUGCACCAGACAAAUAAACGAAGGGAACGGAACGAAAUCUCCGAGAAAACAUACGAAGACAUCACAAAGAAUGAUAGGAUUGCCAUUUUGGGAUUGGGGUCCGACUUUAUUGCUGGUGUUGGCACCUUACCCAUCAACUUCUUAUGGGCCGGAAAGUUGAGUAAAGGGCAACAUGCUGCAUUUUCGUUGAUUGCUUCGGUUGUUGGACUUUACAAGUGCUUUCAGUAA